AUGCUGAGUGAGCAUCGUCCUCAUCAUCAUUCAUCACAGUAGCACAAAUGAUGAAGUAUGGCUGCACACUACAAAUAUCUCCUCAUGUUUUAACCAGAACCAUGGUUAAAAAAUUUCCACACGAACGGAAUACUUUUUCACCAUGAGAAUUCACUGCAAGAUUGUGGCGAUCGCGAUAUGUUUCGGAGUUUUCCUACUUUUGUACUUUUUCGGGGGCAACGCUGCGGACGAGCCACCGUUAAAACAAGUUGCGAAAGAAAAACAUUUCCCAUUUUCGCGUGACAUCGAGGACAUCGCACCGGUAAAAGAAACGAAACAAACCCUCGAAGAGCCGCAAGUACCACCGAAACUAAUCCGCAAAGCUGACCGCAAAGAGCCAAAGUUGAGCAGCAGAGGAGGGAAUGUCAGCGCAAAGACUGGUCAGAAGAGUGAGAUGGGGCGGCCUGGGUCAAAGGUCAACCAAGCAGAGGAUGUCAUGCACCUGGCGGUGGUGGCUUGUGGGAACCGUCUAGAUGAAACACUCACUAUGGUGAAGUCGGCACUGCUCUUCAGCAUAAAGAAGAUUAAGUUUCACAUCUUUGCAGAGGAGGACUUGGCCGAACAGUUUGAAAAAGGGUUCAGUCAGUGGCCUCUGACGGUGUCCUCCAAGUUUCACUACACCAUAUAUCCAAUCACCUUCUCUGUGGGGAAUGCCGAAGAAUGGAAGAAGCUCUUCAAGCCAUGUGCCGCCCAGAGGCUAUUUCUUCCUGUUAUCCUGAAGGAUGUGGACUCGCUGUUGUACGUAGACACAGAUGUUCUCUUUCUCCGGCCUAUGGAUGACAUCUGGAAGUUUCUGAAGGCUUUCAACAGCACUCAGCUAGCUGCCAUGGCCCCUGAACACGAGAUUCCCAAGAUCGGCUGGUAUAGUCGCUUUGCGCGACACCCCUUUUAUGGAGUGACAGGGGUCAAUUCAGGGGUCAUGCUAAUGAACCUCACACGGAUUCGUAGUACUCUGUUCAGGAACAGCAUGAUCGCCAGAGGCCUGUCAUGGGAAAAUCUGCUUCACCCUCUUUAUCAGAAAUAUAAGAUCCACAUCACUUGGGGAGACCAAGACCUCCUCAACAUAAUCUUCCAUUACAAUCCAGAGUGUAUUUACAUAUUUCCAUGCCAGUGGAACUACAGGCCAGAUCACUGUAUGUAUGGAAGCAACUGCAAGGCAGCGGAGGAGGAAGGGGUGUCCAUUCUUCAUGGUAACCGUGGAGUGUACCAUGAUGACAAGCAACCCGCCUUCAGGGUGGUGUAUGAUGCCAUACAUGAAUAUCCUUUCGAGGAGAACAUGUUCCAGUCUUUGUUUUACCCUCUUCAGACCACGUUCCUUGACACUGUUAACACCCUCUGUGGAAGAAUUCCACAGGUGUUCCUCAAACAGAUUGAGAAGACCAUGAGAGCUGCUUAUGAGAAAAAAGUGGUCCGCCGUGUUCGACCGCCACACGAGUAAUGAGUCUUGACUGUUCAGAGAGCACUUUUUCAACAUCAUAAGGAAAAAUCUCUACCUGCUACUUAGAUCAGAGUGGUUAUGAAAUGGAUGACAUGUAAUGCCAGAGGCAAGCUACAUGUGGUCCAUCUGCCUUUGUCUGAAGUUCACGAGCCAGAGGAAUUUGAAAUAUUGGAAACAAAUUCCGUUUUGAGCAGUAGUUCGACUCCUGAGUUUGGGUCACCUUGGAAUUGCUCAAUGGAAGGAUUCAGCAAUGUAAGAGGAAUAUCUACGGAAUAAAUUCUACAGAAAGUCCUUGAUUAUCAAACCUCUGGCACAGAAAUGUAACCAAGUGAAUUAACGAGUGGGUAUCCAACCACCUGAAUGUUAAUGAAGAUAAUUGUUUUAAUGAAAGUAUAUCACAGACUCUUUUGCAAAGCUUUUUUUAGCAAAUCCAAAAACAUGGGUUCAGAGCUGUUGAUAUAAAUUAUAAUUUUUUCUGCACCUUGUUCAUUAUGUACAGUAUUUCACUAUUGGAUUAUUGGGUUUCUAAUUGGAUUAAAAUUCUAAGCAGAUACACCAAUUUGUUUGUGCAUUAAAAGCAUGAUACAGCCUUGUUUUUCAAGACACAAAAAUGAUAUAGCACGCCCAGACAACCAAAGAGGACUAACUUGUCAGCCUUUUAGAGCUCAAUAAGACACCAAUCACAGCCCCUUCAUUACAAAGCCCUACUAGUGGAUGCUCUCACUGUUUACAAGAUUGUUAGUGAGGCUGAAAAAAAUGUCUUUUUUUGGGGGGGGGACUUUUUGAGACUGUACAUUUUAAUAUAUAUAUUAGAGUUGUCGAAGUUAAUGCGUUAACGCAAUAUUCCUUCAACGUCACUAUUUUUUAACGCCGUUAAUGCACGUCAUUAUAUGACCCUUUUAAUAAACCAUGCAUUGACUGUCGUGAAAGCAGAUGGUGGGAGACAUUAUGCUGAGACCUGUGCCAAGCAUUUUAUAUAUGUAGCAGGGGAACAUUUAGAAUGAAGUAAGCACACAAAAAAAUAUAGUUAGUUAGUGCUCGUAACAUGACUGCAGCAGCCAUUGAACACCUGCCUUACACUGCACACCAGAAUUUUAGUGCUAGCCAACGUGUCCAGGAAUGAUAAAGUUUGCCGGAUAAAUUGGAAAAAAUCCGCUCAUCUCAUCUCUAAGCACACACAUUUGAAGCUCUGUUAAUUCAGGCAUUACACUAAAUUACUUUGAAUUCUGCUCGUAAUAUCAUGUUUGUGCUUAGAUUAAAUGCAAGUAUAAUUAAGAGAAACGGUGCGCGUUUUAUGUGUUUUCUUUGCCUUAUUUUACUUUUUGCGCUAUAUCAUGCAAUAAAACACUGACAUAGGCCUAAUGAUUAAUGUGUCAUUAUACCAGAUUCUCUCCCGUGAAAUCCAAACACAAGUGGUCAAAAAAAGAAGCAUAAUACCACCAGUUAUAACGGUGAUGUGUCUCGCAUUUCCACUUCUGAUUGAAUCACCCCAAACGGGUGUGAGCCAUUCUUUUAUGUUGUUUGUUUACAUGUUAUCAUGAAUGAACUCUUCAAUUGAGUUUGUGCAUGAAUUUUGGGAUCUGCUCACCUGUUAAUUAACCGAUGCGCAAAAGGAAGAGUUUUAAACUGACACGUGAGACGGGAAUAACGCAGGCUGCUUUUGAACUUCGCAAACUGACGGGAAAGUCCUCCGUGGCAGCGCAAACAAUUUUUGAAUUUGUCAGACAUUUCCAGCUAACGGAAACCCUGCUGCGCACAGUCUCCAAGGUUCUGUCACAGUGUCUUUGCAUAACUGUGCAUUUAAUAGUGCACUAGCCACUGUAGAACAGCAGAAGAAGCUGGAACCCUGCAGGCAAUCUACACUGUCAUUAGCACAUUUAAUCCCACAUGACCAGAGCUAUAAUUCCACUGUGCUCCUCUAAACAUUGCCUGUUAAAACACCAUAAAGGAAGCAAAUAUGUCCCGUCAUAUUACACAUAAAACUCUAUAUAUAUAUAUAUAUAUAUAUAUAUAUAUAUAUAUACACACACUGAUCAGCCACAACAUUAAAACCACCUGCCUAAUAUUGUGUAGGUCCCCCUCGUGCCGCCAAAACAGCGCCAACCUAUUCUUCUCACCACAAUUGUACAGAGCAGUUAUCUGAGUUACCGUAGACUUUGUCAUUUUGAAACAGUCUGGCCAUUCUCUGUUGUCGUCUCUCAUCAACAAGGCCUUUCCGUCCACAGAACUGCCCCUCACUGGAUUUUUUUUGUUUUUGGCACCAUUUGGAGAAAAUUCUAGAGACUUAUGUGUGAAAAUCCCAGGAGAUCAGCAGUUACAGAAAUAUUCAAACCAGCCCAUCUGGCACAAACAAUCAUCCAUGCGAUUAUCUAAUCAGCCAAUCGUGUGGCAGCAGUGCAUAAAAUCAUGCAGAUACGGGUCAGGAGUUUCAGGGGAAAAAAUUAGAUUUCAGUGAUUUGGAGCUUGGCAUGAUUGAUUGUUGGUGCCAGAUGGGCUGGUUUGAGAAUUUCUGGCGCUGUUUUGGUGGCAUGAGGGGGACCUACACAAUAUUAGGCAGGUGGUUUUAAUGUUGUGGCUGAUCAGUGUGUGUGUGUGUGUGUGUGUGUGUGUGUGUAUAAAGUACAUAUUUUGAAUUGUGCUGUGUUCAUUUUCUGUUGUACCAACUCUGUUGGUAGGGUAGGUUGUGUGUAAAUUACUGAAAAACAAAAAAUACAUCUGAAUGAAUCAAAUUUUGUCCACUCAUGAGAUAUUGCGAUUAAUCACAAUUAACUACAAGAAAAUAUGCAAUUAAUCGCGAUUAAAAAAAAAUGUAUCGUUUGACAGCCCAAAUAUAUAUAUAUAUAUAUAUAUAUAUAUAUUUAUAAACAGAAACCCCAAAUGAAUAUCAUUAGGAAACUUUUGGCCUUCCCAGAAUUCCCAUUAACUCCCAAUAAUAUGCUGAUGCUACAAGUCUAUUCAAAUGUACAUAAUGAGCUUAAUGUUGAAAAUGUGCUUGAAUGUCCCAGAACUUUUAAUGUAACGCACCUUAGUACGCUACUCUGAAAUAUUAUCUGAGAGUGAUAUCACAUGAGAACUGGCCAAAAGUUUACUGUAUAUUAUGUUGUGCCAGAUCUAAAUGUAAGUUUUUUGUUUUUUUUAAGCAAUAUUCAAGUUGGUCAAGUUCAAAGGACACAGAAAUGCUUUUAUGACACGAGGAGUUGUUCACCUGGUGCUUUGCUAGAAACUUUGCCUUCACCACAGCGGUGUCUUCUGCCAGAGCUUAUUCAUGACAUCUCAAAUAAGUGAGAUCCCACAUUCAUGUGGUCAUAAUGUGCGGAUUAGAAAUGUGUGUGUAUCAUGAUAGUAUUAUACAAAUUGAAAAAACACUUGCAAAUAUGUAGUUUACAGUUAAGAAAAACUUUUGUGUUUUUCAUGUUGAGGCUGUGGAUGUUGAUCCUAGAGUGUCCACAAAGCAUUUACCUUGAUUUAAAGUGAUAGUUCACCCCAAAAAAAAGAGCAUUUUGUCAUCAUUUACUUAACCUCAUGUUGUUCCAAACCUGCAUGUCUUUGUGAAAUGAAACACUAAUGUUAAGAGAAUGUUAGCCUUCAUUUUAAAUGCAUCUUUUUUCCAUACAAUUAAAGUGAAUUGGAAUUGAGGCUAACAUUCUGCCUAACAUCUCCUUUAGUGUUCCAAUAAAGAAACUAUUUUCAUUUUCUGGGUGAAAUAUCCAUUAAAAUGUUUCUUUGGUGGAAUCGGAGGGUAAACAAUUAUAAUACAGAAGAUAAUAAGUGCAAGAUUAGUUUUACAAAACAAAUCUCUCUGCCCAUUUCUGCUAUGUAUCGAGAUAUCUUUUUUUUUUUUUUAAUCUGGAAUAAUUUUUAUUUAAUGUAAUCACAGCAUCUUAAUUUGUUUUUUACAUUUGUGUGUGUGUGUGUGUGUGUGUGUGUGUGUAGAAUGUUUGAACAUCAGAAUGUGAAAAUAUGUGCCAAUUGUCGUAAAUGUUUUGAUGUAUGUUUUGAUGUGUUCAUCAGCACAAUGUGUUUAAUCUUUAUUUGUGUGACCAGUUUCCAGCCUCCUGUCUGGUCUGGGAUCAGUGAGGAGAUUUAUUUAAUUGGGAACUCAAGGGGACCAUAUUAUACAUCUCAUGUUAUCAUUGUGUAAAGUGAUGCACCAGCGAUUGUAUCCAAUGUGCUUUGCUUUCUUUCUGAAUGUCUUGUAUUAUUGCCCUUUUAUACAGAAGUGUGUUUGUCAGAAAUUUAAUAAAUGAGUAUGCCUUUAAUAUUGA